GCCAUGAAGAGAAGAUAGUGGCACAAAAUACAAAACUAGGAUGGAUUCUUUCCGGAAUAAUUCAGAUGAAAUCCGGAGGAAAUAACGUGAGAUCAGCUGCGACGACGACAAUAGAACGGUUUUGGGAAAUAGAAGAGAUUGAAGAUGAAGAAACGAUAGCAGAAGAUGAUUACUGUCUAAAACUAUAUGAGGAAACAACACGAGUCGAUCAAGCGGGAAGAUUUGUAGUGCGAUUGCCAUUUGCUGAAGACAGACGUUUGGGAGAAUCAUAUAAAAGAGCAAUGGCGAGAUUUUUAAGUCUAGAGAAAAGAUUAGAAGGAUGUCCGAAAUUGAAAGCAGAAUACAUAAAAACAAUAGAUAAUCUAAUUACAACUAAACACAUGGUGAAAGUAGAAAAGAGAAAACAAGGAAAAUAUUAUAUGCCGCAUCAAGCAGUGAUACGUGAAACCAGCUUAACCACAAAAGUAAGAGUGGUGUUUGAUGCAUCGUCGAAAACAUCAAAUGGAAAGUCGCUGAAUGACAUUAUGCAUACAGGUCCAAAGUUGCAAAAGGACAUAUUUGAUAUUAUUACCAAAUGGAGAACUUGGAGAUUUGUCAUAUCAGCCGAUGUAGAAAAAAUGUUUAGACAAAUAAACAUAGACAAAGAAGAUCAAGAAUACCAAUAUGUCCUGUGGAGAAAUAACAAGAGCGAGCCAGUGCAACAAUUCAAACUCACCACAGUGACAUAUGGCACCGCAUCAGCACCGUUUUUGGCUGUAAGGACGCUGAUAGAAAUUGCAAAUCGAUGCGAGAAUCAAGAUAUAGCCAAAAGAAUAAAAGAAGAUUUCUACAUGGACGAUUUACUUACAGGAGCGAAUUCAAAACUAGAAUGUAUGGAAGUACAAGAGAAUAUAGCUCAACAACUGGAAAUGUAUGGGUUCCAUUUAAGAAAAUGGAUAGCAAAUUCUUCGGAUAUAUUGAGAGCUGUAAAUCGGGCUGAAGAAAAUGAAGUAUUGCAAAUUCAAGAAGAUAACUGCUUGAAAACGCUAGGAUUGCAAUGGAGUCCACUGAUGGAUUGCUUUACAUUCAGUAUGGAAGUAAAACAGGAAGACAAGGUGACCAAACGAAUGGCGUUAUCAAGUCUAGCGAAAAUAUUUGAUCCACUGGGUUGGCUGACACCAGUAACCAUAACAGCAAAACUAUUUAUUCAGCAGUUAUGGAUCCAGCAAUUAGAUUGGGAUAUACCGUUGAAUGGAAAAUUGAGUGAUGACUGGAAGAAAUUUGCGUAUAGUCUCCACGUAAUUAAGAACGUGAAGAUACCAAGAUGGUUUCAAAUAGCACCAGUCAGUGGAGUAGAGCUACACGGGUUUGCUGAUGCGUCCGAAAAGGCAUAUGCGGCAGUAGUUUAUCUAAAAGUGGAUUCUCAAAUUGCAAUCGUGGCUGCGAAGAGCAAAGUUAAUCCUAUUAAAAAUACCAAGACCCUCCCAAAAUUGGAACUAAGUGCUGCCCACCUCUUGGCGAAACUGCUACAAAAAAUAAAAAAAGUAUUAUCAUCAGCGGCGGCAAUUUAUGCUUGGAGUGAUUCCAUGAUUACGUUGGCAUGGAUAAACAACCCAAAAAAUAAAGAUAAAUUUAUUAGAAACAGAGUAGUGGAAAUUAUGGAACGAAUCCCUAAAGCGAAAUGGGCUUACGUUAGAUCAAAAGAAAAUCCAGCUGACUUAGGCUCCAGAGGCGUUGCUCCUGAGAUUUUGGCCAACUGUCAAUUAUGGUGGAAAGGGCCGGAAUGGCUGAUAAAAAAUGAAAAUGAAUGGCCCAAGUUAAAUCCGACAGUAGUGGCAGCAACGACAAAAAUUGCGGCAGUAGAAAAAAGCGUCUAUGAGCAACUUAUGAAGUUGUCAUCAUUUAAAAAGCAGUUACGAGUCAUGGCUUAUAUUCUACGAUUUAUUAAAAAACUGAGAGGAAAUAAGGUAAAAGGUGAGCACUUAACUGCGGAAGAAAUAGAAGAGGCCGAAAUUGCUUUAAUCAAAAUGCACCAAGAAAUUGAAUGGCCGGCGGAAAUUAGUCAGCUAAAAACUUCAGGAGCAAUAAAUCAUCGAAGCAAUAUAGCAUCAUUGCAUCCGCAGCUCGACGAAUAUGGGGUUAUGCGAGUAGGAGGAAGACUGGGUUGGUCAGAGCUAACCUAUAACGAAAAGCAUCCAAUACUGAUUCAAAAAUCACGAUUAGCUGCGAAUAUUAUAAGGAGAGCUCAUAUGGAAACAUUGCAUGGAGGAAAUCGGCUGAUGGAAAAUGUUUUAAGGCGCAAAUAUUGGAUAAUCGGAGCCAAAAAUAGAAUAAAACUCUGCGUCAGGUGCUGUCCACGAUGUACGCGCUAUAGGGGAGAAGUACGAAAUCAGUUAAUGGGAAAUCUACCAAGGAGUAGAGUGAAUAUAAGUCAACCCUUUCAACAUUGCGGAAUAGACUACGCGGGUCCGUUUCAAAUACGAUGUUCGAAAACGAGAGGAACCAAGUCUAUGAAGGGUUACGUAGCAGUAUUUGUGUGCAUGGUGACGAAAGCGGUGCAUUUAGAGGCAGUUAGCGAGCUUACGGCAGAAGCAUUUUUAGCAGCGCUGAGAAGAUUCUUCGCAAGGAGAGGAAAAUCAAGCGAUUUAUAUUCCGACAACGGAACGAACUUUGUCGGGGCAUCAAGGCAGCUAGAUAAAGAUUAUAUAGAGGCGAUAAAAAGCAACAAUACGUUAGCGCCAAUUCUGGAGAAUGAACAAAUAAAAUGGCAUUUUAUCCCCCCGGCAGCUCCUCACUUCGGAGGAAUUUGGGAAGCUGCAGUUAAGUCAAUGAAAUACCAUCUUAAAAGAAUCAUUGGCGAGAUAAAAUUAACGUAUGAAGAGAUAAGCACGGUUCUAGCUCAAAUUGAAGCAGUUUUAAACUCAAGGCCGUUGCAUGAUCUUGGAAGCGGCACAGACUAUAUCGACACCUUAACGCCAGGGCAUUUCAUAGUUGGACGCCCGUUAUUAGAAGCUCCGGCGAAGAUCGAUGAAGGAAGUUUAGCAUGUGUGAGCAGGUGGAAACUGCUGCUACGAAUAAAAACCCACUUUUGGAGAAAGUGGAAAGAAGAAUAUUUGACUACUUUGCAAAAUCGCCCAAAAUGGAGAAAAGAAGAUCGCAAUCUGGAAGUGGGACAGAUCGUGCUGAUCAGAAAUGAAGAGACUCACCCAGCUCGUUGGCCAUUGGCGAGAGUGACUGAGGUACAACCGGGCAAAGAUGGAAUAGUGAGAGUAGUUACGUUGAAAACACAAAAUGGAGAAAUAAAAAGACCAGUACAUAAAUUAUGCCCAUUAGAGCACGAAGAUGAGAGACCUGAAGAGGAAAAGGUAGAAGAUACGCUGAAAAAGGAGGUCGAAGUGAACUCAACAAAGAAGUUACCAAGAUUAACAGCAAAUUCCUUUAUGAUAUGGACUAUGAUGAUAAAUCUUUGUCUGAUUAUGACGACUAAGGCCUCAUCAGUAAAAGAAUUAAAUAGUUCGACGGCAAUAUAUCUUGAUCCAAUCUCUCAAAUCCACAUGGCCUCGUCUUCAUGGAACAUGAUUGUAUAUUUUGAAAUGAAAACGUACUUAGAAACACUGGAUCUUGCAUCCACAUUGCUCAACGCCUCUAAAGAAAUAUGUCCAAGGCUCCAAACAUUUGAAGACCAGUGCUGGUCGGUAAUAAACAAUAUGGAAUAUAAAGUAAACAAAAUCAAGGCGAAUAAUCGGCUUUUCAUGAGGGAUGAUAAACGGCAAAGAAGAGGAGCCCCAUUGAAGUUCAUAGGGUCUUUUCAACAUUGGGCAUUUGGUGUGAUGGACGACGAUGAUCGUGUGGCGAUGGAAAAUAAUAUGAGAAAUCUGUUAGCCAACCAGUACGACUUAAAAGAAUUGUCAAAAAAGCAGACAUCGAUAGUUGAUUCCACGGUCAAUCUGCUAAAAAGAACAACGGAGGAAGUCAAUUCGCACUUUGUGGAGAUAAAGUGCAAAAUUGAUAACAUAACCGCCACCAUGAACGAAAAUUACUUCGUGUAUAGAGAAUCUAUUCGUUUCUUUAUUAUAACUAAAGAAAUCCAUGAAUACAUAGACGAAUGUGACGAUGUGCUAAAGGAAGUCAUUAACCUGUUACUGGACAUUAAUAAUGGUCAUAUACACCCUGUGCUCAUCAGUCCGGAGAAAUUGCAGUCGGAAAUAUUUAAAAUUCGAAAUGAGCUACCCACGAAAUAUGUUUUACCCGGAAAAUCUUCUGGUACAGAACUUAAGGAGGUUUUACAUUUGAUGAGGGGACGUGGAAUGUACAUCGGCACACAAUUGGUGAUCGACUUGAAGAUACCUCUUUUCAACAGACAGUCAUCGCAGUUCUAUAGAGUAAUCCCGAUUCCAUUUGAACAUGACGGUGCGGUAUUGAUAGCAAGGAUAAGGUCGCCAUACAUCGUGUACAAUUUUGAAUUGGAUUCGUUCCACUAUCUGACACAAGUCAUGUUGAACGAAUGUAAAAACACAUUGGGAGAUGAAAUUGUAUGCGAAGAAAAUUUUCCCUGGCGAGAUGCGUCGACCAACAAUUGCGAACUGUCACCCCUGAGGCCGCGCAUCGAGAUAAACUGCACGUACGAUGAAGUUGAAAGCAGUUCCUAUUGGAUACAGCUGAGGCAAAAGGGAAAUUGGCUUUUUAAGACGUUUAAGAAUGCAACGGCUCAUAUUAAGUGUUCCGAAAAGCAGCAAUCCAUCAUAGAACUUCCACAACAAGGACGUCAGUGAAGCCGACAAAGAAGCCAUAAAACCCCUUGGAAACGUAUUGGUGAAACAUCACAAUGAGAUCAGCCAGCUAAAGACGCUCGUGGACGAUUUGAAGAAGCAGAAACUAAAUUUAAGAGGUUUAGAAUUUCAUAAUUGGUCUGGUCACAUGUCAUUUAUUUUAGUUACCAUAGUAGUUAUAAUGUUGCUAACUCAGUUUAUAAGGAAAAUUAUAAUAAGGAGACGGAUAGCAGCAAUUCAGUUCCAAGGAAGGCCGAAUGUUUAAUAAAGUAUCUGCCGGCCGGGAGAAUGUUCAUAAAAAUAUGAACAUGAAUCUUUCUUUUAUCUUGUCUAGCUUAGAAGAAGUAAUAAAAUAAUUAAGUGUCUUAGAUAAUAAAUUGUAAUGUAGAUCUGUCAUAAAUGUUAUUGCUUAUUUGCUAUGAAUUUUAUGUACUUAAGAUAGAAUUUUCAAUGUUAUCAAUUUCCAAGAAGUCAUUAAAUCCAUAUGUGGUUUUCCCAGCCAUUAAAUCCAUAUGUGAGUUUCCCAGCCAUUAAAUCCAUAUGUGUAAUCUUCAUUGAUCAUGUACACUGGUGCAUACGAUAAGUUUUAUGAUAAUAAAGGUUGUGACCCACGCACGCACUUAUCUAUGCACACAGUAGGUAGAGAAGGUCACUGGAUUAAGAAGGAAGAGAUAAGAAUUAUUAUUAGGUUGCAUUAGGCUAAGCUCGAAUAACAUAUGUAGCUCUUAAGGACAAUAUUUUUUAAAUAAAAUUAGUACUCAACCAACAUCCAA